AUGGCCGACAACAACACCAAGUCUACUGAUGACGGGUUUCCCUGUUCCUUGACCAUCGACGUCCCCUUCCCCACCCCGCGCCUUGCCUCCGUUGCGCACAAGGCCCUUGCCGUCGACCAGGAGCUGUCGCCGCUCGUCAGACGCACCUUCUCCAUCGACGACGACGCCGACGCCGCCUCCGUCCUCCGCGUCCACUAUAAGGCCACCACAAACCGCAUGCUCCGCGUCGCCGUCAACGGCCUCAUGGAGAGCCUUAACCUCGUCGUCGAGGUGAUGGAGGAGCUCGACGUUGACGUCUUGGAGCACCACCACCAGGACUCUCAAUAA